CUGACCAUGUCACCUUGAAUGGGACUGUAUUGCAACAGGGGUCAUUCGAGGACGUCCCUGUGGACCUCAGCAGGGAGGAGUAGCAGCAUGUGGACCCUGUACAGAGGUGCCUGUACCAGGAUGUGACACUGGAGACCUACAGCCACCUGUGCGCAGUGGGGAACCAAGUUCCCAACCCAGCGGUCAUCUUCAAGCUGGAGCAAGGAGAGGGCCCAUGGACAUUGGAGGAGGAAACCCCACAUCACAGCUGCUCAGAUGUGUGACCUGAGUAGAUGCGGGACGUGGAGUAGAUCUGUUUUUCUAGGACAGGCUGAUGCCUUUGAAAGGCUCUGAUGAUAAUCUGUCUGGAAGAUGCCAACGGUGCCCGUGAUUCCUUUCCCAGAGUUCUCUGCUCCAUGAAGCGCCUUCCUGCAACUCGGGGCAUUCUGCGUUGGCUGCAGCCGUUGUAACAAGAUGGCAGCGUCGACGGAGUGACCAGGGGCUCCUCCUGGCGGAAUCCGGUGGCAGUGGCGGCAGCGGUAUCGCCGCCAUAACUUCACGGCUCCCCUGAACCAGCCCCCGAAGUUGCCGCGAAGGCGAGGCCGCUGCCACCAGAAGCCAGAGGCUCGGCUUGCUAAAGGAUGGCGAGCAGCAGUGGACCCGAGGCCGAUUUCCUUGUCGGAGGGAGAUAUAAACUGGUACGGGAGAUCGGGUGUGGCUCUUUUGGGCACGUUUAUUUGGCGAUAGACCUCACCAACCAUGAGGAAGUGGCAGUAAAAUUAGAAUCACAGAAUGCGAGGCAGCCCCGGUUGUUAUACGAGAAGGAACUCUAUAAUAUCCUUCAAGGUGGGGUUGGCAUCCCCCAGAUACGGUGGUAUGGUCAGGAAACGGACUAUAAUGUGCUAGUCAUGGAUCUUCUGGGACCCAGCCUUGAAGAUCUCUUCAAUUUCUGUUCAAGAAAGUUUACAAUGAAAACUGUACUUAUGUUAGCUGAUCAGAUGAUCAGUAGAAUCGAAUAUGUGCAUACGCAGAAUCUUAUACACAGAGACAUUAAACCAGAUAACUUCCUGAUGGGUACUGGGCAGCAGUGGAAGAAGUUAUUCCUUAUUGAUUUUGGUUUGGCCAAGAAGUACAGAGACAAGAAGACAGGGCAACACAUACCCUACAGAUCCGGUAAAAGUCUCACUGGCACGCCUUCCUAUGCUAGCCUCAGUGCCCAUCAUGGUAUUGAACUGAGUCGCCGAGAUGACAUGGAAUCAUUAGGAUAUGUUUUGAUGUAUUUUAAUAGAGCCAGCCUGCCAUGGCAAGGACUAAAGGGUGCAACAAUGAAGCAAAAAUGUGAAAAGAUUAGCGAAAUGAAGAUGACCACACCUGUUGAUGUUUUAUGUAAGGGAUUUCCUGUAGAAUUUGCCAUGUACUUAAAGCAUUGUCGCGGGCUGUCCUUUGAGGAAGCCCCGGAUUACACGUACCUGAGGCAGCUCUUCCGCAUUCUUUUCAGGACCCUGAAUUACCAACAUGACUAUGCAUUUGAUUGGAUAGUGUUAAAGCAGAAAGCAGAACAGCAGGCUGCCUCUUCAAGUGGGCAGGGUCAGCAGGCCCAAACCCCCACAGGCAAAAGUGACAAAACCAAAAGUGAAAUGAAAGGUUCCUAAGCUUGAAUCAAGGAACAGAAGACACAGAGCAGGAGACUGGAGCAGCAAGUUCAGUUCCCUGUCAACUGGCUCUGGUCAGCAGAGAUCUUGUCUCCUGAGUUGAAGGCUCUGUAAUUAAUGAAACAUGGUAUCCCAUUUUCUAUUUCACUUUUUCAAGUGGAAAAGUUCACUAAAUGCUUGAACCACGCAAAUUGGUGGGAAAAUUUUACCUAUGCCCAUUUUAAUUAAAAUCUUUUAUUUUGAA